AUGCGAAACGAAACUUUAUCUUCCUUAGAGUAUCGGCUGACUGUUACAGAUGGAAAUGUCUUUAUUCAAUUAUCUGUCAACCAAUGUGUUCUCCGAUGUAAAGACAAUCAUAUGAGAGAAAUGGAUAAUGAAUGGUCUACGGAUUUCACGCUUCCACUUAUCAGUCUCGUACAAAAGACAAAUAAUGAAAGUGCUGCUUUACACUUAUUCAAAUCUAUUUGCAAUAGUAAUCAGUUAUUGGAGAAAUGCUUAUCGUCCUGUAAUAAAUCACAAGAAACGGCUAUCUUGUUAGCAGGAAGCAAGUCAUGGGAGUAUUCCUGUGGACAUAUUGAUGAAGUGAAAUCCCAGUUUACAUGUUGGAGGAAUCAUGCCGAAGAGAUAUCAAUCGCCUGCAGAGCCACAACUGUUCUUCUGCGUAACUCAAUGUUACAGUUCACAAAAAACCAAUCAGAAAUAUUCAUAGAACACAUUUGCAGUGAUUAUGAUAAGUUCUCCACCUGUUUCACUCAAGAGCAUGGUCGCUUGUGUGGUUUAAGAUCAGAAGUGAUAACGGGUAGAAUGUUUCAUGGAAACAGGGAAGCUAUCUUCAAUAUGUUGAAAAUGAAAUGGUCAACAUUGCCAACUCAAUGUGGAUAUUCGCAACUUCGAAGAGAUACAUAUUAUUAUGAGAAGUAUUCAAAAUGGAAUUCUGCUAACUCGAUUGCACCUCUCCCGCUCGUCAUAUUCCUAUUUUUCAUGAAAUAUCGAGUUUAG